AUGACUGCUGUACAGGCACCAUUCACCCUAUUUCCCUCUCACUUAGAACUACACGCUCGAUUUCCCAUCUUUCCUUGGUCAUGGACGUUUUGUAUCGAAAGUAGAAAAGCGGGAGAAAGCUUCCUAAUUAUCGGAUCUCUUAUUUAUGCACUCUCAAAUUUCUCCGACUAUCAACCAGCAGCAUCUUCUCAAUUAUCUCUGUCUCUAUACAACUCAUGGAUUCUCACAGAACUACAAAUGCUCAUUGCUAUCUCAUUACUGUACAUCAUGUGGACUCAUAGUACAAUAUCAACGGGCACGCCCACGCUGAAGCAUCAAGCGUUCAAUCCCAUCUCAGUAUCUAUGUCUCCAUCUGUUCCACGCCCUGCGGAUGGUCGUAGCCUGCGACGAAACCCCUCUUGGAAUUCUUCGGACAAAUCUGAUUUCGCGUUUCUGUGGAUGUCUGUCCCAAAGAACUACCGGGACGCAUCAGAUGAUGGCAUUUUAACUGGUCUAUUGUUUGGGCCCCUCAUUGGAAGCGCUCUUCUAUAUUCUUCCUUGACCCAGUUGUCAUCGCCAUCACCUAUACUUCUUCCAUCUACCUGGCGAAUCGAACCCCCUGCCCAACUCAGCAAUUCCAAGGGGUCGUAUAGUGUCCUGGAGGCGCUAGUCCUCUCCCGUUACAAUCUCAUUGAUCUAUCCACGCUGUGUUCAUCGAUUCUCUUGUUUCACGCAUGUACCUCAAGUUGGUUGGAGACUCGAUACCUCAAGCGACGUGAUGUCCCUGAGGGCGAGCGAGGGUCUGUUCCGCGGAGUGAGGGCUUGAGGUCGUGGUAUUAUGUGUUAUUUACUGUAGUUGUCAGUCUAAGCAGUUUCACAACCAAGAUCGUACUGCAAAAGAUCGGGUGUGGGAUCUGGCUCCAUAUAACACUAUUUGAAGUCAUUUUAGGGGCGCUAUUUUAUCAGUUCACCCUAUACAUCUGUCUCCGCCUAGCGCAUCGUGUUUUUACGCUGGGAGAGCUCGGUCUUGUCUGUUUCGGUGGGACCACCCUAUUAAUGGAGUUUGUAAACAUCAAUAUAUCUAGAAUAUGGCCACUGACCACGCCCUUCAUAAAGACAUACCGUCUUCCAACGCCUCUUCUCAUUUUUCAAAUGGCGCUUGUUGCUGGGUCGCUUCUCAGUGGCUUUAUGUUGUCCCCCAUCCUCGUGCUAUCUCGCCAUAUAGCCCAACGACCAGUGCGUCGCAUGCGAAAGCCAAAGGACAAACUCCGGCAGCGUCGACUCCUUGCAUUGGGAUUCUAUGCUGGACUGUUCUUGAUAGUUGUAGGCCUGAUCGGCUUGUGGACCCGUUGGUGUCUUGGUAAGCGUGAUCCAUGGCUUUGGGUCAUCUUUUGGUUAUUGGAGGGCAAGAAUAAGUGGAGUAGACCUGGGCUCUUGGUAUACUGGGCUCUCUUAGGAUCGCUGAGUGUUGCCGGGUGGACAAGGCAGCUUGCCAGAUCGAAGAAAUUCCGGGUAUGGAAUACGAAUGGGGACAAUUUGGUAGUUCCCGGAGCCGUCCUUACCACCACCCCGCAGCCUUCAACGGAACCGACAGUCGCAAAUUCAAACGGGAAUCCACUUCCCUCUCCGCCAAUACUGGCGUCUGGAGGGUCUUUAGGUCAGAUCCUCACUUUGCGGCUCUCUCACAGUGCUAACGCUUCGUCGAUCGCAGCCACUGAUCUCUUGGAUGCGGCCGAUAAGCAUGUACCCACAUUGAAGUUGAAUGCACGGCGAAAAUUCUUUCAUGCGUUGGCUGUUGUGAUGUUCACUCCCGGUAUUGCAUUUGAUCCGGCCUUCACCCAUCUCUGCUUUAGCGCGGCCUUUGCGCUCUUUACUUUCGCUGAAUACGUUCGUUAUUUCGCCAUCUAUCCUUUCGGUGCGAUUGUGCACCUUUUCAUGAAUGAGUUCCUGGACCACAAGGACAGUGGUACCGCGAUUUUGAGCCACUUUUACCUCCUGACAGGAUGCGCUGGAAGUCUGUGGCUUGAAACUCCAUCGCGACUCCUACAGUUUACCGGAAUUCUUGUCCUUGGCAUCGGCGAUGCAUUGGCUUCGAUCGUUGGCAAACGAAUUGGUCUGCAUCGAUGGACACCCACGACCUCUAAAACUAUUGAAGGCAGUCUGGCGUUUACCUCGUCCAUCGUUGUAUGCGCCUGGAUAUUACGACUCUUUGGAUUUGUCGAUCCUUUUUCUACCAAACGAUACCUAGCCUUGGUGAGCAUUUCAGCUGUCUUGGAGGCUUUUUCAGACCAGAACGAUAAUUUAACCCUACCGUUAUACUUGUGGAGUAUAUUAGUAUUAGCGGAUGCUUAG